CCUUAAUCGGCCAUUUUACCGCGAUGACUUUACUCUACAAAUCAUAAAGACAUUGGAACAAUAUAUUUAAUAUUUGGAGCAUGGUCAAUAAUAGUUGGAAUAUCACUUAGUAUUCUUAUUCGAUCAGAACUAGGCCAACCAGGAUCAUUAAUCAGAGAUGACCAAAUUUACAACGUAAUUGUUACAUCUCAUGCAUUUAUUAUAAUUUUCUUUAUAGUUAUGCCAAUCAUAAUUGGUGGAUUUGGAAAUUGAAUAAUCCCAAUUAUGCUUGGAACUCCAGAUAUAGCUUUUCCACGGAUAAACAACAUAAGAUUUUGACUUCUCCCACCUUCACUAUUAUUACUAUUAUCUUCAUCAAUAGUAGAAAAUGGAGCUGGAACUGGAUGAACAGUAUACCCACCCCUUGCAUCAAACAUUUCUCAUUCCGGAAUAUCAGUAGAUCUAGCUAUUUUCAGUCUUCACUUAGCAGGAAUUUCUUCAAUCUUAGGUUCUAUUAACUUCAUCAGAACUAUUAUAAAUAUACGACCAAAAGGAAUAACACUUGAGCGAAUUCCACUAUUUUUAUGAUCUGUUUUUGUUACAACAAUUUUACUUCUUUUAUCUCUCCCAGUUUUAGCAGGAGCCAUUACCAUAUUACUAACUGAUCGAAAUUUUAACACAUCUUUCUUUGACCCAGCAGGAGGAGGCGAUCCAAUUUUAUAUCAACAUUUGUUUUGAUUUUUUGGUCACCCUGAAGUAUAUAUUUUAAUUCUUCCAGGAUUUGGAAUAAUUUCCCAUAUUAUUUGUUUUCAAACAGGAAAAAAGGAACCUUUUGGGACAUUAGGAAUAAUUUAUGCUAUAGUAGCAAUUGGCCUUCUUGGAUUUAUUGUAUGGGCUCAUCAUAUAUUCACUGUUGGAAUAGAUGUAGACACCCGAGCCUAUUUUACUGCAGCAACAAUAAUUAUUGCUGUCCCAACCGGAAUCAAAAUUUUUAGCUGAUUAGCCACACUUCAUGGAGUUCAUAUACAAUAUGAUACCCCUAUUUUAUGAUCCCUGGGAUUUGUCUUCCUAUUCACAAUAGGUGGUUUAACAGGAAUUAUUUUAGCUAACUCAUCAAUUGACAUUAUUCUUCAUGAUACAUAUUAUGUCGUAGCUCACUUCCAUUAUGUUUUAUCAAUAGGAGCAGUAUUUGCUAUUUUAGCUGGAAUCACCCAUUGAUUCCCAAUAUUUUUUGGUU